CACCAUCACAGAUAUGCGCAAAACACACACACACACACGCGCGUGCGCACACACACACACUUGCUUAAAUACAUAUUCGCACACAUGCGCACUGCCAGUACCUGCUGCCUAUAUUGACACACUCACAAAUAUGGCGUACACUUAAGCACGCACGUGCAUGCAAAAAAAAACAAAAAAAAACACCAGUACACACAAGAUUGACCCACACGUGAAACUCGCUCAUGCACACUCAGAACUAUGCACCAGCACACAUUUCACGCACUGUGUGACAAACACUGACACUCAUUAACACUUACAAAAACACUCAGACCAUCACUGAUUACAUCACAGUACAUUCCAGUACAUUAUGUCACAUUACAUUACUGGCAUUUAGCAGAAGCUCUUGUGCAGAGCGAAUUGUGCAACUCCCAUGCAGACACUCGGUGGGAAACAGACCUGGGUCAAAUACGCAUUUGUUUUGGGUUCAAAUAAUUUUCUGAGCUCUGUUGAUCUUGCCUGGUGUAUUUGAGCCUGUAAAUUUCACUAAAGCCCAUAUAGCCUGCCAGUAUGACCAGAAGGUCAUGACCACUAUGAGAGUGUUUCAUUGGUUCUAAUACACCAGACAAGAUCAGCAAAGCAUGGAAAAGUAUUUGAAUACAAAACCAAUACGCAUUUGACCCAGUUCUGGUGGGAAAUGAUGAUAAGCGAGCUGUAGAUGUGGCGCACGCGUGAAUGUGCAGGUGUUCGUAUUUGCAGGUUUGCAGGUUUGCAGCUGUGGCUGCGUGCCGCAGCCCAGUUGAGCCUGAAUGCACACUGCCGCUGUUGCUCAGCUUGCCGUGCCACACAGAGACGCUCUGUCGGAAGUUGAGCAAAACACCAGUUUCCUGUAUCCCUCCCCCACCCACACUGAGAUGCGAGAAAACGCCAAGACGGGUGGGUUUGGGGCGAUGCAGGUGGCUGGUCCAGGAACCUGUAUGAUGUAGGCCCUGGACUAUGACAUGAUUAAUGAACUGAACCAUAUUUAAGUGGGACUCUAAUGAAGUGUCCCCUUGUGAGCUUGAACUACACUCUACUGUGUUCCAUGCGAUGUGCAUAGAUGAAUAUGUACGUGCACUUGAAUGCAUUGUGAGACUGUAGCGCCAUGUGUAAUUAGUAAAUACAUGUACAUUAUUGGAGAACACUUGACUGAGCACUUCACCGCACAGGCCGGGAGCCUCUGGCUCGCACCGCUGUUGGUCGCGUGCGACUCUGUCCUAGCGGGAAGCUGGACUGUCCAGGAGUCACCGUGCAGACGUCUCCUCCGCUGGCUACAGCACUGUAGGACCCGUCUUCUGCCCUGCACGGUACCUCGGAGUCCCAGGGCAGGGCGCCCCGAAUAACUUUACCUCAACAGGUGUAAUUCACACUCUCAUGCUGUCUGGGAACAUCCUUAAAAUGCUGCUCACUCUCCACCUUAAUUGAUCGGCCAGGAGUGAGAAAGCUAACGAAGCAAAAUAAGCUCCCAGUAUAAAUGCAACAGAGUACUGUAUGAUGUGCCAUUGUUAAUUUGUCAUAAAAAAAAAAUCUUGGUCUGUUUUUAAUAGCGUCCCGGGCUCUUGGUUAUUUAUGGAUUUUAUUUUAUUUAUUCUUGGCCUUAUUUCGUGGUGUACACAGGGUUAAGAGCAUAUCACAGUAGCCUGGGGAGCUUGGCCCUUGCUACAUUAUAUCAAAGGACCUAUUUGGUUUCGUGAUGCUCUUUUUUUUCGUUUUCAUUGAAACAGAUUAUGAAUGAGAAUAUUUUCUCAAAAGGGUCUUGCGUGUUGAUUGACACCAGUGGCUAGGAACCUGGACUCCACAGUUGCAGGUUUCAUUCCCAGCCAUGAAUGAAGCUUCCUUGUAGAAGAUUGAACAAAGGGGAUUAAAAUUCAUAGAACCACGCGAGGCUUCAUCUUCACAAAGUUCACCACCAAGAUCCUGGUGACGAAGAUCUCCUGUGCAACUUGGAGUCAUUAGCAGGACAGAGGAAGCGCAAGAAGCACCUUGGCUGACCUGAGUGCAAUAUCAAGAGAAAAUGAACCUGAAAAGAAUUGAAACUAAAGUCCUGCUUGUGAUUUCUCCUGCAAUUCUGUUUAUCUUCCUUUUUUUGGUGUACAAUUACGAUAUGCACUCGGAAGGUCCAAGAAAGCUGCCUGCUCCAGCAAAUCGUCAUCAUUAUCCCACCAACCUUGACUCAGUGGUGUGGUCCAGCCCUCCCGCUGAAGAGUCCACUGCCCAGGACGCCGCACAGAAUCUACCUCCCAGCAAAGAUGGUGUGAGUGACGUGGGGUCAGAGGAAAGGACAUCGCUCCUGGCCGGCUUGUGGUGGCCACUGGACAACAAAACACUUACCUCUGUGACGGAGGCCACGGACGCAAAAAAAUGCUUCUACAAGGUCAUCGACCUCCGGGAAAAUUACACCAUUGGAAGCGUCGUCCGCGUCGUGCUGGUUGCCCGGGACGGGAACGGGAGACCCAAAACCCACGGCGGAGACUUCUUCCAGGCCAAACUGUACAAUUCUGGGCUCAAAGCCAGCACCUUUGGCCCGGUGGUGGACCACCUCAACGGGACGUACACGGUCCAGUUCUCCCUGCUCUGGCCCGGCCCCGCCCGCGUCUCAGUCCGACUCAUACACUCCAGCGAGGCGGUGCAGGUCAUCCGCAGGCAGCGACAGCAGGACCCCGACAAGGUGUACUUCUUCGGACAUUUUGUGGACGGGAGCAGGACGGAGCAGGUGCCGUGCAACGCGCAGCGGAGCCCCUGGCUCGUCGGGAACGGCACGGGGGGCUGCUGCCAGUACACGGACCCGGUCACGCGGGAGUCCUGGUUCUGCCGCCGACCGGCCUCUCUGCCCUGCUGGGCGCUGACUUACCACAGCAUGGGCAGCUACCGGGCCAAGCUGUCCAGCCUGGAUGCCAGUGUUCUCAACGGCUCCAGAACAAAUAUCAUGGUGCCUGGAAGGGACUUCGAAAUCCAUGUCUUGCCCCAGGAUGAGAAAAUGAGAGAAACCCGUCCGCAGUGCAGGCCGGGUCUGGGCACCGCCGUGCCCGCCGGGUUCUACUUCCAGGACCGCUGGACCUCGCUGCAGUGCCGCUCCCGGUCCUUCCCCACCCCGGCGCUGCUGUCGGCCUGCCUGCGGGACAAGGAGGUCCACAUGAUGGGAGACUCCACCCUGCGGCAGUGGUUCGAGUACCUGGAGAGCGCCGUGCCCACGCUGAAGCGUCUGAACGUGCACACGUCCCCCAUGUCGGGCCCCCUCCACGCCAUCGACCCCCAGAACAACACCGUCCUGCACUGGCGGGCCCACGGGCUGCCCAUCCGCACGCACAAGACGCCCGUGGCGGACCUGCACUACAUCGGCCGGGAGCUGGAGAGCAUGGCGGGCGGGGAGCACACGGUCGUCGUCUUCACCAUCUGGGCGCACUUCACCACCCACCCGCUCGACAACUACAUCCGCCGCCUCGCCACCAUCCGCCGCGCCGUCCGGUCCCUGCUCCAGAGGGCUCCGCGCACCCUGGUGGCCAUCAAGACGGCCAACACCGGGUACAAGGACGUCUACGGCAGCGACUGGCUGUCCUGGCAGCUGGACCUCAUCCUCAGGGCCAUGUUCCGGAACUUGCCCGUGGUCUUCAUCGACGCCUGGCAGAUGACUUCGUGCCACUAUUCGCCCGACAACAUCCACCCGCCAAGGCCGGUGGUCAUGAACGAGGUGGACCUCUUGCUCUCUUUCGUCUGCCCCCAGUGAGAAAGCGGAGAAAGAGCGUGUCGUGUCUGCGUGCGUGCUAGUGUGUGUGUGUGCCUGCGAGUGUGUGUGUGUGUGUGAGCAUGCAUACGUGUGCAUGUGUGCGUGAGCGUGCGUGUGUGUGUGUGUGGAUCUGGCGGGCUGGCCCAUAUGCUGGUUCCACGUGUGAUCCUGUCUGCAUUGCAGUGGUAGAUUAAAUGAAUGAAGUCUCCAAUCUUCUCUCAUAUCUGAAGAGACUUGAUUGGCUCUUGACUCAAUAUGAGCAGUGAGGUCAGAAGAGGGCAUGGCUGAAUGACUGAACUCUGGGAAAUGAUAGUGACGACAUGACUUUCACCCUUAGGGCUGGGUCUUACCCUGUGUUGUCGGGUGGGGUCUCUGUCUUAGGGCUAGUACUUCCAUAUUUAUGAGGGACCUCUAUUAGACCUUUCUCUAUAUCUCAGGGACAGGGUGGGACAGGCUAAGACUUAUUCUUUGUUUUUUUGCAAUAGAGUGUGGAUGGUGAAAAUUGAGUUAAAAUGGUGAAAAUUGUUCUUGUAAUGGCUCAUAAAUGCUGAUUAAGGCGUUUCAACACAAAGUAGGCUGUACUAUAUUUAUAAUAUUCCCUGCAAAAUCAGGAAACACUGUUAGGAAAGGAACUGCAGUAGGACAGGAUGAUUAUUUUGGUGUAGGGUCAAAAUUCCAGGGCUAGGCGUUUUUGUAUCUAUUUGUACUUUUUAUGGAAUUAUUUUACUACAGUGUGAUAUUCAGAAUAUAACUGGAUGUAAUCACUACUGAUUCCCUGAAUUAAUUGUUUGAAUAAAACAAAAUCAUGCAUUUA